GGGGGCGACAAACUUAUGUCUCCACGCAAGAAAAAAGCGACAACCCCGGUGACGUCAUCACUUCGCGCACUGACGUUGUUUGUUGGCGCAUAUAAACCUGACAGCUGCUUCCUGGUGUCCUAACAAUGGAGAAUGGUAGCGGAGAGCAGACACUUCAUCCAAAGGCGGUCUCUCAAAGCCAGCAGCCGUGUCGCUUCUUCUCUCAAGGAAAACGCUGCAACUUUGGUUCCAAGUGCAGAUUUUUACACAUCAGAGAGAAUUCCAGAUUUGACCUCGAAGAAACAAUCAGGACUUCCUAUCAGGCGGAGAGCACGUCACUCCCACAAGUGGGGUUCGGCGGCGAUGUGGAGAACACGCAUCCGCUCACAACCAAGCCCAAGGCGUCCACAGGUGCCGGACGCCGCGCCUGUCGGUUCUUUUUAUCAGGGAACUGCACGAUGGAGGACAGGUGUCGCUUCUGGCAUCCACCUCAGUCGCUCUCAACGAGUGACAAUGUCCAAUCUGCAACCCAGGCCACCUUUGAGCAAAAAAGAGCGCCGGCGCCUCGUCCGAAUAUCCUCCAGGAGGUCAAGCUGUGUGAUCUGACGGAGGACGUGGCCGCACAGCUACGGGAGACUGAGAUCAAGCAGCUGAAGAGACGUUUCCCCAAAGAGCGUCUAAUAGUCCAAGAACGAAGCGACGGAAAGGUUACUUAUUACAGGGCAACUGUGGAAGCGUCGGACCCAGACUGGCCUUUUGAUCUGAAAGAAAUUGACAUCAUGGUGAGCUUUCCGGACACCUACCCUAAGGAGAUUUUCACUCUGGAUAUUCCAUUGGAUCAAGAUCUGCCUUUAGUGAUGGGAAGGCACGUGCAGCAAGCGUCGCUGGAGUGGCUCCAAGCAAAGCACGCCACCAACCAACUCCUUGGCAAAGUCGAGCUGCUCUUCCGGCCUUUUCUCCGCUGGCUCGAUCGCAGUUUGGAGAAGCUUUUCACAGAAGGAGCCAGACAGUUGAAAAAGGACAUUGAUUUAGAAAAAGCCGGGCUGCAGUUCAUACCGUAUCAGGAGCUUCAAGCAGCAGCGUGUGACAAAUCAAGCGACCAUCAUUCAUCAGAGGCCGCGGAUGAGGAAGAGGAAGCCGGUGAUGAAGGCGACAGGGUGGUGGAGGAAGCACCAGGUGGCGAGGAAGAACGGCAAGAAGAGGAGGACGCGACUCACUUGGUGGAAAAUAUAAAGAUCAGUGACGUCCGCAGAGGCACAGAAGUGAGGCUCCUUGGCUUGCGACUGGGAGAGAACACGGCAACUGUGGUCGGCCAGUACAUCACUGUGUGUCUGCAGUGCAACAGGUGUAAGGUGACAGCAGACCUGGGGCUGAGUGGAAAGACCACCUGCACAGCUCAGUGUGAGAAGUGCAAUGCAAGCAUCAGCGCCGCGUUCAGACCCUGCAUGCUGCACCACUACAGCGACGUCUUGGGAUACCUGGACCUCCAAAACGCCGUUCCCGCCGACCUCGUGCUUCAAGAGUGCCACCUGGCCGUGGGCUGCCUCAGCUGCUCCGAGGACAGCUCCCUGCAGAACCUUUGCUACGGCCAAACAAAGGAGGUGAACUGUGAGAAGUGCCACAGCAAGUUAAGUCUCUUGGCUGAGAGCGCCAGGUUCCAAUACAUCCAAGCACGCAGCAACAAGACAGGUCCAAAUGCUUCUUCUGUUCAUUUGAAGACCGUAAGAGAUCCUGCCGUUCAAAAGGGGAAGCCUCUACCCGAAAAAGGAGCGUGCAAACAUUACAAGCAGAGCCAUCGCUGGCUAAGGUUUCCAUGCUGCGGCCGGGCCUACCCCUGUGACGUGUGCCACGACGAGGACCAGGACCACCCCAUGGAGCUGGCCACCCGGAUGAUCUGUGGCUUCUGCGCCAAAGAACAGCCGUACGGCAACGGGAAGCCCUGCGUGACCUGCGGCAGCAUGAUGACCAGAGGAGCUCACACCAGCCACUGGGAAGGUGGACUGGGAUGCAGGAGCAAAGUCAAAAUGUCCAGAAAUGAUCGGCACAAAUACGCCAACAGCAACAAGACUAUUUCCAAGAAGGCCAGCGAAAAGAAGUAGAACUAUUAUGUCUAAAUAUGAUUCAUUCAAAGAAUUUGUCAUUUUCCUCCAAUAAAUCAUGUUGUAAUGAU